AUGCCGGAUUUUACUCUGUAUGGCGCCCGUGGCUCGACCAACACGGACCGUGUCCGCCUAACUCUCGCCGAGGGUGGCUUCGCCGACUAUGAACUCGUGCUUGUCAACUUGGCAAAGAGGGAACAAAAGUCUGAGGAGCACAUGAAGCGCCACCCAUGGGGCAAAGUCCCUGUCGUCACUUUUCCCAAUGGCUUCACUCUCUUUGAGAGCCGUGCAAUCUGCAAAUAUCUCACCAGAAAGUACUCCUUCCCGCUUCUGCCUCCAGACUCGGAUCCUGAGGCUGUGGCUCUGUUUGACCAGGCACAAUCGGUGGAAAUGGUCAACUUCGCAGAACCUGCAGGGAAGAUCGCAUUUGAAAAGUUUGCGAAAAGGUUUAUAGGACUACCUCCUGAUGAGACCGUUGUCGAAGGUGCACUGCGUGCAGUCGAAGCGUUUUUCGACGUGGCAGAAGGGCUCUUGCAAAACCACGACUACAUGGCCGGAAACGACUUUACUCUUGUGGAUAUCUACUAUAUCCCAGUGGUCCAGAGACUCUUUGCGUGCGGGUAUACGGAUGUCAUCUUCAGCCGGAAAGCUGUGAGUGCAUGGUGGAAUCGCUGCAUCAAUAGACCCGCCAUACAGAAACUGCUGGCCGCUGAUAAGGAGGCUGCGGCUGCGGCUGGCACACGUUAA